UUACAUUAGGAUAACUUCAAUUAGGUAGAAAAAAUUGCGUAUUUUCUGACGCGUAGAUAGUGAGACAUUAUACAGAGAGAUUGAUUUUACAAUAUUAUUUGGUACAUUGAAACUAUUCCUGCAAUAAAUUUUGCUGUUUCAAUCAUUACCACAAAAUCGACAUCUGUAACAAUGUCAGGCAAGCUACGUGGAGGUAAUGUUAAAUGGGAAAAUUCGACAGAAGGAAAUGAUGUAUAUGAAACAAAGCAUAAAAUGAGGUUGAGAGAAUCGCCAAGGAAUACGCAACAACCUGCUGUACCUGCUGAAAACGAGAUUGUUAUAGAACCACGAAAGCGAGGUCGAGGUCCUUCUAAAAGGCCUUGUCUUAACAGAAAUGCUUUAAUGGCUCGAGAAAAUCGGCUCAAGAAAAAAGCAUACCUAGAGAAAAUAGAAAAUAAGCUAUUAUUUUAUCAGCAAGAAAACAAAAAUUUAGUAAACAUUAUAAAAAGACAGAGUAUUGACCUUAAACGAUUAACUGGUGAAGUUGCUUAUUUCAAGAGCGUAUUAAACAAUAAUACCAGUAUUACUGCAUUAUUGAAGACUAUCAAUGAUGGACUUCAAAAGAUUAGUACACAGAAGAGGAAUUCAUUGCGUUUGAAUCAUGUUUCUGAGUGUUCAAAUGAAUUGGAUGUUCAACACAAAUGUACAUGUUCUACAAAUGUGAAGGAGAAUAUAUUGAAUACUCAAAAUACCGAUAUAUUUAUUACAAAUGUCAAUAAUGAUUCAUUGAUCGAACGUGGUACAAGUAAAGAUCCAAACAAUGAAUCAUAUAUUAAUUCCCGAAGGCAACUUGCUUGUAAGAAUUCAAGCAUUGAUAAAAUCUCUUCAUCUUUUUUAGAUUCGGAUCACAACUAUACUGUUUCCAAAAGUACAAUAGUCAAUGUUAAGAACAAUCUUCAAAGUAAAGAAGAAACAAACUUAAUAACAUCAACUACCAAUUUAAUAUCUGAAGAUAAUUAUAUGGAUAAUACAAAGGAGCUAAACAAUUUAUUACCAAUUGCUCAAGCAGAUUUACCCAAUGCAAAUGAAAAAAAAGAUACUGAUACCAUUGGUAUCGACUUUGAUCAGUUUUCUUCUUUCAAUAUGGAUAUAUUUGAAGAUCUUCCAAAAUGUGACGAGAUGAUGAAUACAGUGGAUAGUUUAAAUGAUGCAUCAAACCUUUUUAAAGCAGAUGAAAUAUCUCAAACUUUAGAUAAUACUGGAAUCUGUCUUCAUGUUAAUUCAGACAAAGUAUCUUUAGAGUUUUGUGCAAUUUGUCAUUUAAAUAGUAAGAACUCGGGAUUAAACUGAAGGGGGAAUUGAUCGUAAAUCUUUUAAAUCCACUCAAUGAUGAAUCUCUGAAGAGGUCAAGCAAAGAUUUUGAACAUAUUUUCCGAUCAGUGGAUUAUAAAAAGUUAAUGAAAGUGUAUCAAGGAGAAAUGUGUCAGCAUGUUUGUCAGUUUGCUGCUGAAACAUCAUAGAAAUGCUUUUCACAUGGAACGAAAGUUGCGUUAUUAAUAUCUGUACUAUAUAUAUAAAUAUGUACAUAAAUACAUAAAUAAUAUACAUGUAUACAUAUAUAUUUGUAUAUAAAUGUGCAAUAUGUAUACAUAUAUAUCUGUAUAUAUAUGUGUGAUGUGUAUACACAUAUAUCUGUAUGCAUACAUAUAUAUAUGUGUUUAUAUAUAUAUUUCUUUCUAUUUACAUUUUCACGCCCAUGUAUGCAUAUAUGUAUACAGAUAAUGAUACAUAUAAUCAUAUAUGGUGUUUAUUUUAUAAGUGACUGAUUUUUUUAUGUAAUGCUUUAAAAUUAUAUUUAAUAACAUGUAGUGAUAUAAAAUAUUUUUGCCCCAUGCUGCAUCAAUUGCUACUUUUUAAAAGCGGUAUUUAGCAAAUAUAAAAAUUGUUUUGUAAGAAGUGUUUAUUAUGUUCGAGUCUAUUGGAUCUAAUCUGUCCAUUAGAACAUUACAAAGCUUCUGUUUGUUAUGUAUAAUGUUAAAUCGUAACACUUCUGUUCCUCUGAGACUGUAAUUAUUUGCUUUUUACAGGAUAAUACCAUAUUGCCAUUGAAGUUUGCUAGCAACGAUCAUACGAAAAGUUGAAGUUUGGCAUGUCUGACACAUUCUGUUUAAUGUUUGGUGUAACAUAGUAUUUUGGAGCAAUUACAAAUAGUGCUUGUUGGGAAAGUGUGUGGAAUCACGAUCGUCCCCCUUCUUUUCUAUAAAAUAUAUGAUUUUAUAAUAAACAGCUGUAUCCCGAGGACUUUCAGCCAUUAUGGAACAUUCCAUCCACUGAUCGAGUUGUAUGGUAAUUGAAGUUGAAAUUAAAGAAUUUAACAAUAAAUUUAAUAUUUCUUAUGUAUUGUAUUUCAUAAAUUAUGUAGUAGUAUGAAUUAGAUGCGGUUUUGCAAGUGUUAGAAAUUUUAUUACUUUCAGUCUUACAUAAGCUUUAAUAAUGGAAAAUCACAUAAAGCAUGAUGAAAAUGAUUAGAGCAAAUGUAAAAAAUCAUUUUUUGUUUCUGAAGGAAAAGAAAUGUAUCGAUUUUGUCAUUAUUACGAUAUACUUGUUUUAAUACAUAUACUAUUUUUUAUAUAUUUUUAUUAUAAAUUAUUUAUUUAUUCGUAGCAUACAGGCAUAGAUUUAAGACUUAUGUAAAUGAAAAUUGUAUAUUUCUCUGUUGAUUUGAGUAUUUUGUAAUUUUUAAUCAAGAUAAGUUGUUUUGUAUAAAAAUUUUAUUGCUUAUCUAUAAUAAAUAAUCUACUUUUUA